CAUAUUGCGACGCAUGAUCUUUCGCUGCGUGGAGGAGUGUUGAGAACAGUGUCAUCCAGGGCUCUGCCACGCGCCAAUGAGAGCACGUCUUGGUACACGUCACAACUGCGGGCGAAAGAGCCUUCGUCUUCUACGCACCAGACUUGAGAUAAAGUCGAUUAUCCCGGCGCCAAAUCGAUGGAAUCAAGUGCCCCGGAGCUCAGCACCCGUGCCACAACGCUGAGCCCCCCCGACGAUGCUCUGGUGCAAGCCAAUGCCAGCGGAAACCAAACAGCGAUCAAGCAGAGAUCAGUCAUCACGCAGGGCAAGGUGUCGCCUUUCCGCAUGAAAGGUGUAACAAUGUGCGACUGCGGACCGAGCCAGUUCGCCUGCGCCCCAUUCACGGAGGAUGGGAAUUGUACCUGUAUCCCGGCACGCUGGCACUGCGACUCGGACGAUGACUGCGGCAAUGGCAGCGACGAGGCCGGAUGUGCUGUUCCGUCGUGUCUGGCCGAAGAAGCUCCCUGCGCCAAUAACCGUUGCGUGCUCAAGUCCCAGUGGUGCGACGGCGAAGCCGACUGCAGCGACGGCAGCGACGAACAAGACUGUGCUCCGAGGAACUGCACGGACGCGGAAUUCGCCUGCGAAAAUGGACGCUGCAUUCCCAGGUCCUGGCACUGUGAUGGCUACGACGAUUGUGCCGACUCCAGCGAUGAGAUUUGUCCGAUUCGUCCAUGCGGUCCUGGUGAGUUUCGUUGCGUCAACGGUGGAUGCAUUUCCAUUGGCUGGCGGUGCGAUAAGGACAUAGACUGCGUAGAUGGAUCAGACGAAGGCGGCUGCACAGCGUUCGCUUCCAUCAUUUGCAUCCACGAGGAUUUCGAGUGUCGCAACGGCCGCUGCCUAGCGACAACUUUCCGGUGCAACGGAGAUAAUGACUGUGGAGACUGGUCCGACGAAGAAGGCUGCGUGGGAAAAAGUGCGUGCCAUGAGGGCGAGUUCCGGUGCGACGACGGCUUCUGCAUCAAUCUAGACUGGAAGUGUGACGGGGACGCCGACUGUGAGGACAGCUCAGACGAGAAAGACUGUGUGGCCCAACAGUGUUCGGGUCAAGAGUUUCAAUGCAAGACGGGGAAGUGCAUUCAGAGAGAGUGGCGCUGCGAUGGGGACUUUGACUGCUCGGACAACUCCGACGAAGACGGAUGCGGGCAAGCUGUGGCCUGCGAACCGGGUCACUUCCGCUGCCUUGACGGAACAUGCAUCGUUGAGCGUCUAGUUUGCGAUGGAAUUCCAGACUGUCCAGACAAGUCCGACGAGGCUCAAAACACGACGUGCAAGAGCAGCUCCCCGUGUAGGGAAGACGGCUUUCCUUGUCAACACCAGUGCAUGGCAACAGCAACGGGUCAACGGUGCUCCUGCAAGGACGGGUACCAACUGGCCCCAGAUGGAAGAUCAUGCCUUGAUGUGGACGAGUGCACCUACGAAGGGAUGUGUAGCCAAACCUGCAUCAACAUUGUGCCUGGGUUCCAAUGUCUUUGCAAGACAGGAUAUCGCCUGCGGGCGGAUAAGAGGCAUUGCAAAGCCGAAGGCCCCGAAGUCUACAUCAUAUUCGCCAACGGUGCCGAUGUUCGUCGCAUCACGAUGGACAAGUCCGAAUACACAUCAGUAGUCGGAAAACUGCAGAACACGGUAGCCUUGGAUUACCACUACACCUUGGACCUGGUAUUCUGGUCGGAUAUUCAUCAGGACGUCAUCCGAAGCUGCAGUCUCUCCAAUGGAACAAACAUCAAGACACUGGUAUCUAAAGGUCUUGCGAACCCAGGCGGCAUUGCGGUGGAUUGGAUCAUGAACAGAAUAUUCUGGACGGAUUCCGGAGUGUCCAGGAUCGAGUCUGUUGACAUUGAAGGAAAGAACAGGCGACCACUCGUGUGGAAGGACCUGGACAAGCCGAGAGCCAUAGCUGCUUAUCCACAGAUGUCGAUGGUUUACUGGACGGACUGGGGUGCACGUCCCCGUAUCGAGCGGGUUUACACCGACGGUACGGAUAGAAGAGUUCUUGUGGACACGUCGCUUUUUUGGCCCAACGGACUCACCAUCGAUUAUGCCAGCGAUCGUAUCUUUUGGGCGGACGCUAAGCAUCAUCAACUUGAGAGUGCCGAUCUCGAUGGAAGCAACCGCAAGAAAGUUGUUGAAAGUGGACUACCUCACCCAUUCGCCGUGUCUGUAUUUGAAGACGUUUUAUACUGGACAGAUUGGCAGACCAAAAGCAUUCACGCCUGCAGCAAGUUCGGCGGCACACAGCCUAUAACUCUCUAUCCUAACCUCCUAUAUCCCAUGGACCUCAAGGUGGUCCAACCGCUUAGGCAACCCGAAGGUCCUUCCCCUUGCACCGUUUCAAAUCACCAAUGCAGCCACAUAUGCUUAUCAAACAACGAGACUUACACCUGUGCCUGCCCUACUGGGCUCGAGCUUCAAGAAGACGGACGCGCGUGCGCAGAAAGGCCAGAACCGUUUCUCAUGUUCACAUACCACGGUGACAUCCUCAGACUUUGCCUUAACUGUUCCGACGAUGUUGAUGUCACCAUUCCUGUGAAGAACAUGACUGGAGCUGUUGCUAUCGACUGGGAAUCGACGACAGAUACUAUUUUCUGGACGGAUAUUACUAAUCACUCGAUACAGAGGGCUAAAUGGAACGGCGAGAACCAGCAGGUGGUGAUCGGGACCAAUGCGGAUGCAGCGGCAGGUCUAGCUUAUGACUGGAUCAAUGAAAAACUGUACUGGUCUGACACGGUUAAUGACAGGAUCGAAGUGUCCAACGUAGACGGAAGCCAGAGAGGUGUUCUUAUAUACGGCGGACUGGACAAGCCGCGAGCAAUCGUUGUGGAUCCGUUGAGAGGAUACCUGUACUGGACGGACUGGGGUGACGUCCCAAAGAUAGAGAGGGCUACGAUGGCGGGGCAAUAUCGGACUAUCAUUGUCCAGUACAAUCUGACCUGGCCCAACGCAAUUGCCAUGGACUACGGUUCGGAGACGCUCUACUGGACUGACGCUGCCACAAAGACAAUAGAAAUGAUUCACCUCGGUACAAUGAAACGAAAAGUCCUUAUAUCUCAAGAGCUUCCUCAUCCUUUUGGCCUGACCAUAUACGAAGGACGUGUGUACUGGACAGAUUGGGAUGCGAAGGCAAUCCAAUCAGCUGACGCCGUCACUGGGGAGAACAGGAGGUCCUUGCUUACGGGUUUUGAAAGAAUCAUGAACAUUCACGUAUUUCACAGGAGUAGGCCUACGGCUACCAAUCCGUGCGCUCCUAACAAUGGAGGUUGCAGUCACUUGUGCCUUAUCUCUCCGAAGCCAAAGAACUACGCAUGUGCCUGCCCCACUGGAAUUCUGCUGCUAAACGACACCAAGACUUGCUCGAAAGGAAUGAGACAUUUCCUUAUAUUCUCUCGUAGAACGGAGAUUCGAAAAAUGUCGCUAGACGUGCCUUACUGGGCAGAUGUGGUUGUGCCCAUGAGAAGACUGAGCAAUGUCGUCGCUGUCGACGUUGACACGGUCGACGAGCGAAUAUACUACACUGAUGCCGAUAAGCACAAAAUCGAAAGCUGCGAUAUGCAUGGCCGUCAAGUGAAAGACGUCGUAUCUUUCGGCAUUGAUACGCCUGGAGGUCUGGCUAUUGAUUCCAUUGGUCGAAAGGUUUAUUGGUCCGACUCUGAGCGCAGUCGCAUUGAAGUGGGCGAACUUGACGGCAGCAACAGACGGGUUCUCAUAUGGGAAGACGUUGACAGCCCCAGGGCUAUCGUUCUGCACUACGAAAAAGGAAUCAUGUUUUGGACGGAUUGGGGAAACAAGAUCCGCAUCGAAACAUCGGACAUGGAUGGAGAAAACAGGAUGAACCUGGUUCAAGAAGGUCUCGGCUGGCCCCAUGGCUUAGCCGUCGACAAGGAGUCGUCGCGUCUUGUGUGGGCAGACGCAAAGAUUCAUGUGAUAGAAUGCGUGGAUUUCAAUGGCAACAACAGGAUGAUCCUCGUGAGCGAGAUAGCCCAUCCGUACGGGGUAGCAGCAUUCGCUGGGAAUAUUUACUGGACAGACUGGGAAACGAGAGCGAUCCACCGCACAAACAGCGAUGGUCACAACCCGACUGUGACGCGGGGAAACAUAAUCGGCCUGAUGGAUAUCCACGCUGUUGACGUCGACGUGAAGGGUACAAAUCCUUGUAAUCAUAAUAAUGGUGGAUGCAGUCAUCUCUGUUUACGGAAACCACACGGGUACUCGUGCGCGUGUCCGACAGGCGUCUUACUGCGAGCUGACAAGAAAACAUGCGAGGAAAGUCCUUCUGCAUUUCUGUUAUUCGCAAACCGCGGCAGCUUACGGGAAAUAUCAGUGGACACGCCCGAUAACACCGACGUUCAUGUUCCGAUCAGCAAUAUCUACAACGCCGUCGCCGUGGACUUCGACUUAGAUCAGUGGAAGCUGUACUUUACGGAUGUUACCCUCGAUGUCAUCAGAAAGGCUGAUCUAAACGGCAGCAACGUUGAGGUUGUCAUCGACAAAAAUCUGGAGUCCGCUGACGGUCUGGCUCUCGACUGGGUGGCCAAGAACAUGUAUUGGACGGAUUCUCGGAAGAAGGUCAUCGAAGUGGCACGUGCGGAUGGAUCCAGCCGCAAGCAGCUUGUCAACCUGGAUCUGGACGAACCACGUGCGUUGGCGCUGUAUCCUGAACUGGGUUACAUAUUCUGGUCGGACUGGGGCAAGACGCCCAAAAUUGAACGUUCCUACAUGGACGGUAGCGGUAGGCGCAUAGUGAUCGCCCCCGACCUGGGCUGGCCCAACGGUCUUGCUAUCGACUACGAGACGCAGCGUCUAUACUGGGUGGACGCUAAGAUGGACUGCAUCGAAUACUCUGACUUGGAAGGCAAAGGUCGCCAGAAACUCAUUGAAGGAGUGGCUCAUCCGUUUGGACUCACACAGUAUCAGUCGUUCAUCUACUGGACUGACUGGCAGACGAAGGCUAUUGAGAGGGCUAAUAAGGACACUGGAUUGGAGAGAAUUAUCAUCUGCGACAAUGUGGAGUACCUAAUGGAGAUCAAGAUGGUAGCCCGGAGUAGACAAACAGGCACCAAUCCAUGUAGCGUCCGUAAUGGUGGGUGCACGCACCUCUGCCUGUUUAAAGGGCAAGGCUACGUCUGCGCUUGUCCGUCCGUCCCAGACAGUAGACUCUGCUCAACGUUUCCCGACAUGACGACCCCUGGAAACGCUAUGGUUCCUCCGUCAAUACCACCUUCAGCAGCUCCUAACGCCACGGCAACUAAGUGCACCCCUUCUGAGGUAGCAGAGGGAAAAUGUAAAUCUUCUCUGCUGACAUUCGGUGAUCCGAUGUUCCAGAGUGCUUACAUCACGCUGAGCGCAGUCGGUGCGGCACUUCUGGUGCUUUUCUUCGGAGCCGUGCUGGUCUGGCACAAGAGGCGACGCAGGAGAAUGACUUCGGGCGUGCCACGCUUUGUUCACCCCGUACAUGGUGCGGGAGGAGCGGAUAUAGUAGAUAAGAAGCCUUGGAGUUGGUCCGGCAAAGUGCACUAUGCGAAUAGCGAGGAUAAAUACGGCACCAUCUCAACGAAGGAAAAACUGAAUAACUUGGAAGUAGCUGCGCUAGUGAGUAAGAAACUAGACGAACUCGAGUCUGGUAUCCGAGCCUUCUCAGCUGGGGCCAGUAUGGACAGCAGCUACUACGUCGGGGGUCCACUUCACGGAUGUCCCACGCCUCCGUCCCCGCCUAAGAUCCCCUGCCCCCGACACUCCCCACAUGGGGGAGGGGACACGGGUCGUCGCACGACUCCCAGGCAUCACGCAACGGUCGUCGAAACAGAUAUUUGAGGGUAGACCUCGUCUAGGAGCCAAAGUAUAGGAAUCUAUAAACCAAUUUGCCUUCGACUCAGCUGAGGGAUACAGCUCACCUCGUCAGCAGUUCAGUCUUGCCUACACUGCCAACUCCGCUGACGUUGCCUUUGCUGACGACAUCCAGAAUGCGUUACCUGUGUCCGAAAAACAGCGUACUACCUGAACUGCUACUGUAUGUCAAGAUGGCCUAUACAGUUCCAGGACCAGGACUUCUUUCAUGAUCGUUCAAAGUGGUUACGCCGUGCUGCCGAUUAGGUCAAAGUGGCCCAUCAUACAAGUCACCGCUCCCAUAUAGCACAGUACAGAAGACUCCACUGUUUGGAAGUGCCUCAUAUAAGUGUGUACAUAUAGGACUUUACGACGUACCGUUCUAGGAAAGAACGUUGUUGAACUUGUUCACGAGCUGUACAAUGAGCGUUGUUUGGUGCACAUAUGCAGCACAAAAGAUGUACAGUGAACCCUCGUUAAUAUGACCACCUCCGUUCCCGCAGAUUCUGGUCAUAAAGCGAAUUGUCAUAAUAACGAGAAAGUGGAACGGUCGGGACCAGAGAGUAUGCACGGCAAAACACAACGCACGCAUGAUGCUGCACAACAAUUUAUUUAACAAAAAAGUCUGUCAACAAUGACUGCUUGGUGGUAGCUUGCAGUGAUCAGCUUUUAUAACUGGACAAGAGUACUAUCAAUCACGCGAACAUUAUGAAUGUCAUUGUGUUGCUCAAAAAACAAUAAAGCAACCUUCAGUGCUUCACUGGCCUCUUUCGUAGUGACGGGCGGUCACUGUCUUUUAUGGUUUUUCUCCCUUUAGCAAUCCGAGAAAAGGUAUGAGUAAUCUCGACGUCAACAACGCCUGGAAUCACCCUAAUCCUUUGCGCCCCACUUUAACUGUGUCACUUUGUUCAUGAGCAACUUAAGCAGCCGCUCUAAGGGGCGCCUGACGCUGUCAUAAUAACGGGAGGAUAAUACAUGUGUUUGACCCCAGCUGUGCCCCAAAAUCUCGGUCAUAGUCCGAUAAGCGGAAUGUCAUAUUAACGGGGAAAUUUUACAUGGCGAAGAAACCGUUCCCCAGGAAUUCGGUCAUAAAGCCUGAAUGUCAGAUUAACGGGGGUCAUAAUAACGAGGGUUCACUGUAUUCUUUUGAAGGUUCGAUACCGUGCGAUAAUGGAAGUUAUAACCGUUCCUUGUUAUGUGAAAUAUUUGAUAGCGCGACAGAUAUAAAGUAUGUACAGAAAUGGCAUUGAAGCAUACGUCAAAGCGAUGUAUAAGGUCAACAACGCACUAUCUAACCUUUUAGUUAAUAGUACAGGGUUUCGAGCCGCUAGAUGGAGAUCCUGAAGAGACAGUCCGCCACGCCUUCAUUGAGGCAGGUGCCGUGUGAUAGCGACGCUUCUUUAUUUGUAUACAUAUAGUGUUCCUCCCUCUGGUGGCCAUUAAUACAACCUUAUCAACGCCUGCAGGUGUGAGCAAGCUAGAAGUGCCAAUUAGACCCCAUGCUCGUUAUGACGAACCAUGUACUGAUGUCAACGACAUCUUUUCACAUGCUGACAAACACAUGCGACAUGUUUCCACAUAUUGACAAAUACAUGAAUUUCAAUUUAUAAGUACACUUACUAUCGUCGUUAGUCAACUCAUCAUGUUUUCUAAACUGCCCGCGAAAACAGAUUAGAGAACUUUACUGAGCCUUUACGUUUGCCGCUUCCACAGUCUUCGUCGGGAGACAAAAUUAACGCGAAUAAUACUUCUACGCGACUUCUUUUGUGGUGAUUCUUUGUCGGGAUAUCUGUACGCAUCUCAGGCAUACAUGAAACUGCGAUAUUGUAAGAAAGUGACCUCAGAUCGCGACACGUAACAAUGGUAGGAGAAACUAAGUUGGAGAUUUCAGCUCAAGAUCAAAUUUAUUCUCUUUUAACUCCAAUAG